AACAGUCUGAGGGCAUAGGUCAAUAAACAGUUACUUUAGCUUAUUAAAUUCUACAUUAAAACAGCAUAUAUACAAAAUGAAUAUAUUAAAGAAAAUACAAAGUGUUAUUAUCAGACUUGGAAAUCGCAAUUAUGGCAAAGUUGGAAUAAUUGGGGUGCCAUUUGAUAAAGGACAGCAUAAGGAAGGUGUAGCACAUGGUCCAGAGGCAAUUAGAACAGCUGGAUUAGUGCGAGAAUUAAAAUCAUUAGGGUUAGAUGUGAAAGAUUAUGGUGAUAUUUCAUAUAAAGCAAAAAAUGUAGAUGGAGUAAAUAACAUGUCACACUUGGGUGAUGUUGCUGGCUGUACAAGUUAUUUAUCUGAGAAAGUUCAAGAAAUUUUGAAAGAUGAUCGACGAGUAUUGACUAUUGGUGGUGAUCAUAGUGUAGGAAUUGGAACUAUAGAUGGUCAUGUUAAGGAAAAAGAAAAUGUAGCUGUUAUAUGGGUUGAUGCUCAUGCAGAUCUAAAUACAAAUAAAACUAGCGAAAGUGGAAAUGUUCAUGGAAUGCCUGUAGCAUUAUUAACUUCUGAAUUAGCUGAUUACUGGCCACAUCUGCCAGGAAUGGAUUGGCAACAGCCAAUGUUAUCAAUUAGAAAUGUAGCUUAUAUUGGAUUAAGAUCUGUUGAUCGUUAUGAAAGAUUAGUUAUUGAAAAAUUUGGUAUUACUGCUUUUGGUAUGGAAGAUGUUGAAAGAUAUGGCAUUCAUGAUGUUGUUUACAUGGCACUAAAUAAAAUAGAUCCUAAUGAAUCAAAAUCAUUACAUGUUAGUUUUGAUAUUGAUUCCUUAGACCCAUUAGAAGCACCAUGUACAGGAACUCCUGUACGUGGUGGAUUGUCACUCAGAGAAGCUGUUCACUUAAUGGAAAUAUUAUACAGAACUAAAAGACUAAAUGCAGUGGAUCUUGUAGAAGUAAAUCCUUUCAUUGGUAAUCAACAUGAUAUUCAAUUAACUGUUGAAGCUGCUAUACACAUAAUUCAAGCUGGAUUUGGUUAUACCAGAAGAGGUCUUAAAGUUCCAAAGGGUGUUACAGAUAUGCCAUUACAGACAUUUAGAUAAAUUAUAAUCAUCUUUAUUGAUGAUAUUAUAACGUUAAAAAUAAUCAAGUUGCCAUGUCAAUCCUCCUUUGAAGCUUAUAUAAUAACAAACUUUUGUAUACUUUUAAACAAUACCACAAAAAUAUAAGGGAGAAACAAAAGAAU